AUAAAUAAUUGUAAUCUACGAAUGAUAAAUCGUCACAUAAGUGAUUUCAUUUAGUGACUCAUAAAAAUAUAUCUACGAUUAAAUAUCCGUUCACAUUAUGAAGUUAUAUUAUAUUAGCUAUGAAUCUAUUGUAAUUCUUAUCUCUCAAAAAAGUUUUAUAUAAAUCAGCAAAUUAUUUUGACAAAGAAGACAAUAUUAUAUUGCAUAUACAUGCAAGUGUAUAAAGUCUCACAAACGCAAAUAUAUUAAUCUGCCUCGGUAGCAUUGUUAAUUAAUCCCAUCUAAGUGAUUGACAGUAAGAACAGCUGAUCAUAAGAAACAUAAAAACGGACAUUACAAAUAAUGGAAGGAAUUGUUGUUAGAGUGAUAAUAAAAGCACCGAAUCAGCAGAUUAAAGAUCAAAUCGUAAAUUGUGAUAUUGGAUGGACUGUUGGCCAAUUAAAAGAUCAUUUAACCGAUGUUUAUCCUAGUAAACCAGAACGAGCAACCCAGAAACUCAUAUAUUCAGGACAAUUAUUAAAUGAUUCUAUGUGUUUAAAAGAUGUAUUAAGGCAUUGUAAUGGACAAGAAGAUCAAGCUUAUAUAGUUCAUUUAGUCUGUGCUUCGCAAAAAAUAUCUACAAAUAAAAUAACUGAUCAAAUUAUAGAAAACACAAAUAUUUCUAGUGCAAGAAGUACAGUAGAACAUACCAGAUUAAAUAAUACAAAUAGUAUUCAAAAUCAAAGUCAACAUAUUAAUAAUAUUGCUAUGCAACAUACUCCAACACAAUUAUAUUCUACACAACAAUAUUUUGAUCCACGAAAUAAUCAACAAAUGGCUUGGAUGCAACAAGCAUAUACACAUUAUUUUACACAAUAUAUGCAAUUAAUAGCAGCACAAGGAAUACAAUUACAAACUAGCAUUCCAUAUGUUCAGCAAAUGAAUAUUAAUACAAAUGAUGGUGUUCAAAAUUCAUAUAUAAAUAACACAAAUAAUAACACAAAUAGCAAUAACAAUAACAACAACAACAACAACAAUAAUAAUAAUGUAGGUGAUGAACAACAACAACCUGCUGUUCAAGAAAUUGAUGUUAAUGCAGGAAAUAAUGGUGCUGGAGAAGAUGGUGCAUUUAAUAGAGAUUGGCUAGACGUUUUUUAUAUGCUAUCCAGAAUUAUUGUUUUUUUUAGUAUGGUAUAUUUUUAUUCAUCCCCUCUAAGAUUUCUUAUUGUUACAUUUCUUGGCUUUGCAAUGUAUCUAUUUCAGGGUGGUUUCUUUCGAGUUCAACCUAUUCUUUUACCUGAAAAUAAUAAUGGUAGAGGAGAUCGGGUAGAUAAUAAUAAUCAAAUGUUACAGAAUGAAGCAAUAGGUCCUGAACCUGUACCACAGCAACAAAAUGGUCAAGUGCCAACUGUGCAAGCAGAAGCAAGAACAAAUGCAAAUGAAGAACAUGAAGAAGAAAGACCUGGUGCACUUGCAUUUACAUGGACAUUUUUCAGUACAUUUUUUGCUUCACUUAUUCCGGAUCAACCAAAUGUUAUUUAAUUUUAACAAAUUUAUUCAAUCUUAUUGUAAAGUUAAUUUUUUUUUCUUUCUAUACAUGCUUUCAAAACAAAAUCAUCAAACCUAAUGAGGUAGUCUCUUUUUACAUGUAUAUUUAGUAAAUAUUGAUAUUAAAGAAAACUUCAUUAAGAAUUCUAAAAAUAACAUUUUUAGAAAAACAAUUUGAAAAAAUUUUACAAAUUUUUCAAGUAUAUUAUAUACAUAUAUAUAUAUAUAUAUAUAUAUGUAUGUAUAUAUAUGAAUAUUGUAUACUAUAUAUAAUAAGUACAUAUAGAUAUAUAUAUCAAAUACGCUUAAGAUAAAUAUCAUUUUUUUAUAAAUAUUGCUAUUUAUAUACUUCUAAUAAUUUUGUGUAUUAGUUUAAUUAAUUGAGAUUACCUCAGGAUAUAUAAACAAAAUAAAUUUAUAAUCAAUGAUAAUUUUGUAGAAAAUGUUUAGAUUUAACUUAUUAAAAGCUUAUUGCAAAUCAUCUCAAAGUGUUUAUAAUUUGUUGUAAAGUAAAUUUUGUUUUUCUAAUUAUAUAAAAGUACAAUGAGAAAAAUAUAUAAAUGUGUAUAUAAAUAAAAUUAUUGUAGAGCUUAUAAGGCAUGGAUAAAUAUAGAUAUUGAAAAAAAUAAUGGGAUUAAA